UAUGUGUGAUUAGUCAUGUUUUUACAACCCUUUCCUUGUUUGUCACUUCCUGCCGCCAGCGUCACCAGUGUUAUAAAAACCACUCACCUGCCUGCAGAGCUCUUUCACUGGAGGAACAACCCACUGAAGACAGCAACGAUGUUAAUCAAGGAUAUGACAUUCAAGGAGGGGCAGGAGUUCAAGAUCCGCGUCAAGCCCAAGGACGACUGCAAUUCCUUUGCCAUUAACUUCGGUCAUGACGCUGAGAACAUCGCAUUGCACUUCAACCCCCGUUUCGACAGCAACACCAUCGUCUUCAAUUCCUUGUCCGGUGGAUGCUGGGGCUCCGAGGAGUGUGAGGGAAACUUCCCCUUUGUGCGUGGGGAGGAAUGCAAGUUUCACAUCAACUUCAACAGCUCGCAGUUUUACAUCAGGCUUCCUGACGGCUCCAUGCUGAACUUCCCCAACCGACUGGGAGACGUCAAGUACAAGUACUUUGAUGUCAGCGGUGAUGCAAGGAUCAUCGGCGUCAAGGUCAAAUAGAAGUUGAACUCUUCUUAAAUCCUGACCUGUCCACAUUUUGUGUUUUGCUGUAAAAGUCUGUUUUACAUUACAUCAGCCAAUCAGGCCUGAUAAUUAAUCGUUUCAUGUGCUGAGGCUUAUGGGAAAAACAACACUAGUGAUGUACUGUAUACCAACAGGGAGUGUUGAUGUUGUAAUAAGAGAACAUGGCCUAAAGAGGGAGCCACAGCACAUUACAUACACUGUGUCUGUUUGACAUCUCAUCAGUCAGUGGGUUUGUUAAUAAAUGCUGUGGGAAAAAA